AUGUCGGACGAGGCGGCCACUGAGACAGUCACUCGUACCGACGCAAUCGACGGCCCGAGCGUGUCUCCGAACGUGACUACCGACGAUGCCACGUCACGUACGUGUCUUCUAGGCGCCACUAACAAGACGCAUGACCUCACGCAGCAUCACGAGCGACACCGUGAGAAGGCGCGGCUGGAGCAGCGUGGAAGCGCAUCAUUGAGCGUGGAGAGUAGCCGCACGAUGCAGGAGGAGACAGCAACGGCCCCACCGUCGGCUGAACGCGCAGGGAUGCACGCUGUUGAUCGAGCUCAAGAGGCCAAGCUCGCACUUGCUCAAUGGCUUAGACAAGAGCAGCUUCCGAUGGACCUGUUCGAUACGUCCAGUUUCCACGACCUCGUUGCGACACUGGACGAGCAGUUUGGUUUGCCAAAGAGAGAAGAAUUGCGGUUAUUGCUGCAAACAUGCGCGACACGCGCAGAUGGGAGCAACGAGACGGGUCUUGGCGACGCGUCUACGCGCGAGAACGUGGUUGCUGUAGCGGAUAUGCUCGCGGUGAGAGCUGCAUGUCGAUGCGGCGAGGACCCACCGGUCGUCUCGUGUACACGCGUUGCUUGCAACACUGCAGGUGCAGGUGAAGCAACAGUGCACGUCUUGCGAGCAGCAGCUUCGCUCUUUGAUGCGCAGACGUGUCGUGGCAAAAUUGUGGGCAGGAAUGGCGUCUUGGGGAGAUCGUUCGUCGGCACUGUUAGUGGACUGCAGCUUUCGGCCUCGGAGCAGACAGAGCGCACGACUGUCGGUCCUGUCAAGGUGUUGGACAGGGUCGUUGCGUCGCCGUAUCUCAUGCGAAGGCGUGCGGGUCAGUGCGAGCAGCUAGACGAAAGCAACCGUGACGAUGCGCUGCCCCAGGGAUCGACUUGCAGCUCUACGUCUGUGGUAGGCGUCAGCGCUUCCAUUGGAACACUUGCCGAAUACAUUGUGCUGCCAGCGUCGAACCUGGCUGUAGUCCCUCCCAGUGUCCCCGACGAUCUAGCACUACUAGCUGACGACAUGUCUGUCGUUCUCUCCAUCGUCAGCGAGUUGCAGCGACGACAGGUGACCAACGUUGCGAUUCUGUCGGACGGGCCUGCAACUAUCGUCUCCAAUCUGCUGACGCGGUUCCUGCACCAAGACGUGCAGAUUUCGGCGCAAAAUUUGCACCUGUUCUCUACGACAGCCACUUGGAGCAGCUCCGUCUGGUCACAGUACGCCUCGGUCACUCCCCUGGAUCUUCAUGAACCCGCUGAUGCGGCCUACUUGCUGACACGACAGGCUGAGCUAGCAUUGGACGCUGUCGUGGAUCUCGUCGGCUCCAAAGCUUCGACCGGGCUUGCGCUAUCGCUGGUACAGUCCAUGGGCUGCAUUGUGCUCGUGGACAGGUCGCGCUUGGAGCUGUACCCGCCAUCGCUUGUUGCCAUGGAGAUGAACGCUGUAGUCGUUAGGGAACUGGAGAUCGUCAGCGUCCACAACUGCCGCGACUACUUGGACGACGCGCUGCAGUACUUGGUUACACAGAGCCAGAGCCAGCAAAGUGCGAGGGAUCUACGCGCGUGUCUACUAGACGACGUGGUGCUUUCGCAAGCACUUUCGCAGCUCCAGACAAUCCCAGAACAAGCGCUAGAAGCUCAGUACCUGCAAGUACGAAAGUGA